AUGCCUCCUGUAUCAGCAUCAAAAGCCAAACGAUUGGCAGACAAAGCAGCUAAGAAUGCUUCCAAGACUGGUUCAUCAACUCCGUCAGCUUCAGUGAAUGGUGGUUCAACACCUUUGACAAGUUUGAGUGCAAAUGGAAGUCAAGAAAACCUGUUAGAUGCAGCUGCUCAAAUGAAGAAAUUGACCAUGGCAACUGAUAGAAGCGCUAACGGUGUUCUUGUCUCCGACGCAAAAGGUCGAGAUAUCAAGAUUGAUUCGUACACCCUUUCAUUCCACGGUAGAUUGUUGAUUGAAGGUGCUGAAAUCGCUCUGAAUUACGGUCAAAGAUACGGUCUUUUGGGUGAGAACGGUUCAGGAAAGUCCACUUUCUUGGAAUCCAUUGCUGAGCGAGAUAUCGAUAUUCCUGAACACAUCGAUAUCUACCUUGUACGAGGUGCCGUCGACCCUUCUGAUGUCAAUGCUCUCGACUACAUCGUCGCUUCCGCCAAAGAGAAAGUCGCUCGACUUGAGAAGAUGGCUGAAGACAUGGCCACCGCUGAUGAAGUCGAUGAAAUCGGUCUUGAACUCAUCUACGAAGAACUUGAGGAAAUGGACCCCUCAACUUUCGAAGCCAAAGCAGGUGCCAUUUUGAACGGUCUCGGUUUCAAUUCAGCUAUGAUGGCUAAACCUACCAAAGAUAUGUCCGGUGGUUGGAGAAUGCGUGUUGCUCUUGCUCGAGCUCUGUUCAUUAAACCUCAUGUCCUUUUACUCGAUGAGCCUACUUCCCAUCUGGAUUUAGGUGCCGUAGUAUGGCUUGAAGCUUACUUGUCCACUUACAACCAUAUCUUGAUCCUCACCUCCCACUCUGCCGAUUUCAUGGAUACCGUCUGUACCAACAUUAUGGAUCUGACCUUGAAAAAGAAACUUGUGUACUAUGGUGGUAACUACACCACCUACGUCCGAACCAAAGCAGAAAAUGAGGUCAAUCAAUUGAAGGCUUACAACAAGCAACAAGAAGAGAUUGCCCAUAUCAAAAAGUUCAUCUCUUCCGCUGGUACCUACGCGAACUUGGUCAAGCAAGCCAAGUCCAAGCAAAAGAUUAUCGACAAGAUGGAGGCUGCUGGUCUCGUUGAAAAGAUCGAAACCCGAAGACCCCUUCAAUUCAACUUUGAAGAUGUCAGAAAACUCCCUCCUCCUAUCAUCGCUUUCUCGGAUGUCGCGUUCUCGUACUCUGGAGAGAAGAAGGAUUACUUAUACAAAGAUUUAUCUUUCGGUAUUGACAUGGAUUCAAGAAUUGCCAUUGUCGGUGACAACGGUACCGGUAAAUCCACCUUGUUGAACUUGAUAACUGGUGCCCUUCAACCAGUUGAGGGUUCAGUCAACCGACACACCCAAUUGAAACUUGCCAAAUACUCCCAACACUCUGCCGAUCAAUUACCGUACGACAAGUCACCCGUCGAACAUAUCGCCUCUCUUUACCAACAAAAGUUCCCCGAAAAGGAUCUCCAAUUCUGGAGAGGACAAGUCGGUCGAUUCGGUAUCACUGGUGCCCAUCAAACCAGUCCUAUCUCUCAACUUUCAGAUGGUCUUCGAAACCGAGUCGUGUUCGCUAUCUUGGCCAUGGAGAUGCCUCAUGUCAUCUUGCUCGAUGAGCCUACCAAUCACUUGGAUAUGGACUCUAUCGAUGCUCUUGCUGCCGCUAUCAAGAUCUUCUCGGGUGGUGUUGUUAUCGUCUCGCACGAUUUCCGACUUAUUUCACAAGUUGCCGAGGAUCUUUGGGAAGUUAAAGACAAAAAGGUUAUCAACCUUACUAGAGAAGAUAUCUCCAUCGUAGACUACAAGAAAUCGUUGGUCAAGCGAAGUCAAGCACAAAUUGAAAAGGCCAAAUUGAUCUCGAAAUCAGCUACUAAAGGUGUAGCAUAA